AUGCCUCCACCAGUUGAGAUUCCGGGUUAUUAUUUUGAUGAAGAGCGAGGGAGAUAUUUUAAAAUAGUUAAUGGUGCUAUUCCUCCACCAACGGGGGAAGCCAAGUAUCAUAAUAAUUCUAUACAAGCUGUGAAACGAACACAAGAUUUUGACAAGCAAGAAGAAAAGAAUUUACAAUCACGACUGCAACUGCAACUUCGGCUGCGACUGCGACUGAGGCUGCGACUGAGGCUCCCAUUGCUACUACCAUCACGACUGAAACAGAAAAUACGGCAAAAUCUGAAUGAUGCACAUACUUUACAAGAUGACAAUCACGUAAACAUAGAACGCAUUGGAGACGGCAAGAUUAAAAAUCCGAUGAUCAAAAAACCUACAAGAGGCAGGGAUCUUUCGCUACUAAAGAAAUUUACGUUUGACACUAUAGGUCUAGUCAAUUUAAAGGCGGGCUCUGUUAAUAUCCAAAACUUGUACUUUAAUGGGGACUUUACAGAUUUAAUUAGAACAGGCAAGUUUCAGAAACAUGACAACUUUGUUUUGCCGCAAUGUCGAAUAAAUAAUUAUGUUGAUGGGAUUUUUGUCAUUGAAAGGGCAGAACAUGGCAUUUCGGAACUAUUUGAGCCAUUGCCAUUUAAGACUUUACAUUUUCGAGUGCAGGAUGAGACCUUGUUAAAAUUUGGGGACGAUCUAUACUAUCGAAGUGCUGAAGGUAUUGUGAACCUUGAAAUAGAGGAUGUACCUAAAUUUUUCAAAAAGCUGCAAGUUCAAUACUGUACUAGAGUAAUUCUGGGAAAUACAAAUGACCUACUAGAUACAAUACUGUUUUAUGAAUUCAACUCUUUUCCAGAUAGUCGAGUUCUCCGAUUCCAUACAUAUAAGCAUGGAAUUGGGUUUCAAGACUGCACCGUUGCCUUUAUGAACCUCGUAAAAGAUGGUCUUAGGCAGUACCCUCGUCGAGCUAAAAUUCUUGAGAAAUCCUUUGGGUUGCAUUUAGUCGAAUUUGUAAACUAUGCAAAAUUAAGCAUAGAAGAGGUGAAUGAAGCUCUUGCUCAGGCCCGUAAAGGAAAUAAUCCAAGGUUUGGCCGCUCGAUGCUUGAUCGAUUCUUGGACUCUUGUUCAAAAGCCACUAAUCAGCCAGAAAUGAUUUAUCACGAGCCAUUGGAAAAUGAACUGGUUUACCAACAAAAAAACAUUCAACAUGUUCCACGGAUAAUCAAUGGCAUUAUUAGUCUGCCCUUUUGUUAUCUUCUUACUUCGGAUGGGGAUUUGAUAAGCUUCAAACACUUUUGGAAACCUGACGGUGAAGACGGAAUUAUCAAUAACGACGACAAUUUGCAUAAAGAUUUAAAUUACAACCAAAUGAAAGAUUGCAAUAAUUAUACAAAUUUGUCUCUGUUUCUGAACUUUCAGAUUAUAGAUCUCAAAAGUAAGAUCCCUGAGAAUGCCAUAGUGCGUGUAUCGGGCACUGUAAGUACUAGCAAAGUGUUUGUUAGUACAAGAUCCAAUAUACUUGAAUACGACCGCAUGCUCGAUGGAAAGGUUAUUCACCACAAAUUGACACAAAUCAGAAAUUUUUUUACAUUAUCGGAUAACAAGCUUUUAGUAGUACGCAAGGAUGACAUCAUUUUCUAUUACACUGAUACCAAAGAAAUUGUUAGGCUAACAAACUACAACAAUAGCAACGAUGCAUACCAGCAAUUCGAAGUUGUUCAAAACCAUUUGGUAUUCAAUGUCGGCAACAAGUUUAUGGUUUAUAAUUUGCAGAGAGCUUUUGGUGACACAUUUGCCUCGCUUGAAAUUGAAUUCAACUUUUUGAAAUAUGGCUACUUGAAGGAUUUUCAUUUGAUCAAGAUUGUUGAUAUGGGUAUACAAAAUGGAAGACCAAAAUUGGGCUUUCAACAUUUCAAUGCCAAAGAAGAGAAAACCAUUUUUGAGGCUCACGUAAUCUAG